AUGUCAACAAGCAAAUCUAAUGCGAAGGGGCGCGCCACGUCUGCACCAAUAUCUGGAGUGUACAAGCCAGAUUCCAUUCGAGACGUAGCAGAGUCAUUAAACAUAACGAGUUUUUCAGACGCAGUAGCGUCUUCGCUUGCUAGCGAUGUUGAGUAUAGGGUUCAUCAGGUGUUGGAGGAAGCUGCGCGCUUCAUGCGUCAUGCCAGACGCACUACUUUAACGACCUCUGACGUGGAUCAUGCCCUGCGUGUGCUAAACAUUGAACCUCUCUAUGGCCAUUCACCUCACAACCCUCCUGUGUUUCGGCGUGCACCGCCAUUCCCGCAAUUACCGGCUGCGGGAUCUGUAUAUUUUGUCGAGGACGAAGAGAUUGACUUCGAUCGUGUGCUCCGCGAAGAGAAACUCACACUUCCGAAGGGCGUAAGUUGGACAGCGCACUGGCUCGCCGUUGAAGGCGUACAGCCACUGAUUCCAGAAAAUCCACCUGCCAUCCCGAAAGAUACUGAUCAGGACUUCGUUAUGGCUAAAUCUACAUCAUCACCAUUGCGGCCAGGAACUGUAUUCCCACCGUCUCCUCCAUCCUCAGAUCGGCCCUCCCCGAUGCACACCGUAACGAAGCAGCAACAACAGCUUGUGAAGCACGUUUUGUCACGGGAGCUGCAGCUGUAUUAUACUCGCCUUACGUCUGCACUCCUCCCACCCUCCGCUUCGGAUUAUGCGAAGCGCACGGCUGCACUGGCCAGCUUGCGACACGACGCAGGGUUGCAAGCACUACUGCCGUACCUUGUCCGGUGGGUGGGAGAAGGUGCCGUCAGCGCGCUGAAAGGAGGCGUGCAGAGCGAGACCGACGGCCGAGUUCUGGAGGUCCUCCUUGAUGUGAUCGGCGCCCUCCUCGAUAACUCAACGUUGUUUGUGGAACCAUAUCUGCACCAACUCCUUCCGCCAAUACUUUCGAUUUUACUUCACUCUGCGCUACCUCCGUCACAUGCCGCGGAACUUCGCACAUCCGCCUCGCAGAUACUUUCGCACCUUCUUACUCACUACUCAACAACAUACCCAUCUCUACCUCCCAGAAUUAUGAAGACUUUGCUUCUGGCGUUAAUCUCCCCAGGCAAAAGUAGAGGCACACGCGAAGGCGCGAUACGCGGGCUCAUGGGUGUGGGUAAAGAGGCCGUCAGAAAAGGCCUCGUCGAUGGGGGUGGCGCGAAAGUGGUAGGGAGUGAAUGUUUUGAGGGGGAGUCAAGCCCGGUUGUGGAAUGUGCCUUGGACGCACUCAAGAUGCUGCAUCCUCCCUCAACUAUGUCCACGCCUUUGGACGCAUCUUCCGAGACUGACGUGAGGGCCGUCACGCAGUUGCGUGAGGUGCUGGGUGACUUCUUCGCAAACAAAUUGGUCGACGAUUCUGAGUGGGCCAGGGGUAUAUUGUCUGCUGAUCAAAAAAGUUAG